AGCCAAUCAGCUGCUGCUGUGUUUAAGUGAAUUAAACGGCACCCCCGCCCUGCCGCUGGGCCUAAUGAGCAAGGAGGAUCCAGCUGAGGCUCAGAUCGAUCCGGGAGGAGGAGGAGACAGAAUCCUGCCUCUUCCUCGGGCUUCUCAUCAGAGCCAAGUGGUCCACCAUGAGGAGUGGACACUAACGGCUGCAGGCUUUUACUCUGAAAAUAUCCUUUGCAAAAACACGUUUGUUGUUCAAUCCUGAGAAGAAGAUGACCCAGGUGGUGAUGCUGAUGUUGGGGGUCGUCAUGGUGACAGGGCUGAAGGCGGUGAAGGUGAUGAGCGGUCAGAAGGUGUGCGUGGGCGGUCCCAGGCGUCCCUGCUACAAGAUCGCUUACUUCCACGAUGUGUCGAGCCGUGUGGCGUUCAGCGAGGCACGUCAGAUCUGUGAGAUGGAGGGAGGAGCUCUUCUGAGCAUUGAGAGUCCAUUUGAGCAGAGACACGUGGAACACCUGCUGCAGGCUUUGCGUUCUGGAGCAGUGGGCGGAGCCAGAGAAGCAGGGAUUUCAGACGGAGAUUUCUGGAUUGGCCUGACCCGGGUGGGAGGAGUUAACAACACCUUGGUUCCAUGUGCUGAGCUUUAUCAGUGGACAGACGACAGUGAGGCCUCCUUCAGGAACUGGUAUGCUGACGAGCCAUCCUGUGGUGGAGAGGCCUGUGUCGUCAUGUACCACCAACCAACGGCACUUCCUGGUCUGGGUGGGGCUUAUGUCUACCAAUGGAAUGAUGACCGCUGUAAUAUGAAGCACAACUUUAUCUGCAAGUAUGAGCCAGUGACUUCAGGAGGAGGUGUUGUCACUCAGGCCACAGGUAGUGUGGUCCCGCCCCAGGCCGCCAUGACAGAAGCUUCAGGUAUGCUGCUGCUCUACGUCUUCAUCCCAACCAUCCCGUUGCUGCUCCUCAUCCUCGUGGCUUCUGGGACAUGCUGCUUCCAGACACUCAGCAGAAGUCGCCUACGCACAAAGACGUCCACCGACCAAUCAAACCUCUGGAUCUCCAGGACGUCCAAACCCAACAGCAUGGAAGUGUGACAUCACCAUCUGAGCCAUGUGAUCAUCAGAAGCUUUUAUUUUGAAGUUUUCUUAUUGUUACCUCUUCCUUCCUGUUGCUGGCACCCCCUGCAGUCUGCAGCUCCAUCAGUUUGACCUGUGAGAACCUCAGGGUCAACCUUCUGAGAGCUGCUGAAGAACAACCAGCUCAAGUGGAGGGUUAAAUCAGGUACAGAGCAGCGAAAGGGUAAAAAAUUCACGCCACGAACCUCAGCGGUCACACUGGAACCAGCUGGGACAGCCGCGCCCUUUCAAAAUAAAGCACCAACAUAAAGUUCCAGGGUCAGGAUUAGAGACAGAGACAAGACCUACACCAGAGGGCUUCUCCACUAAGCGAGCUAAUCCCAAAAGCCUGGCUCACUCUGAAAACCACGCUUUACUUUCCCCAAAAUGGGUUCCACGACCAUGCCUAGCCUGAAGCCCCUCCCAGUCACCACGGUAACACGUGCUGGAGAACAAACCUGCUCUGUGGCAGGCUAGCAGCUAGGCUAGUUGAAGCUGGUGAAUAUAUUUGUGGUGUCACGUUUUACGUUUUUCUUGUCAACAGCUGGCAGCUGUGAAGUGGUGCAGUAGCGCCACCGCUGGCCCACAGCAGCAGCUGCAGCUUUGUUCUUGAUGCUGAAUAAACUUUAAUAUUGAAUUGA